AGCGAAUCGCUUUUUUUGUUAUAAAUCAUUCCUUCCUUCACCCCAUACACAUUCGUUUUUAAACUAUUUAUAUUAUUAUUAUUAUUAUUAUUAUUAUUCUUUAAAAACCAAAAUGGUUUGUUACAAUUAAAUAAAAUAUACGAUAUCCCCUUUUGCUUUUUUAAAAAAAAAAAAAAAAACCAUGACAAAUCGCUUCUCCCUAAAUCAUCUCACUUCAGGAACAGCUGCAAAAUACCAACACUCAAAUGGAUUGAAAUCCCGCGAGGCUUUCCCGCGAGCCAGAAAAAAAGCGUUCGCUUCUAAAGGAAGAAAGAGAGUAAAAGGGAACCCACGACCCCGUUCCUGUCCCAAUGAGCAGCAAACGAAAAGCAAUCCACCUAAGCUUGUUGGCUUGUUUACAGCUGUUAGGCAUUGCUCUCUUCUGCAAAGGUUUCUUUCCUUAUAAGGUCUAUUUAUCAGGUUUCGCAGAUGAAGUGGUCCAUGAUGCUCCUCAGUUUGACAGAUUAGUCUUUGUCCUCAUCGAUGCCUUACGAAAUGAUUUUAUAUUAGGUGAGCAUUCAGGGUUUCAUUUUGUCAACCAACAGAUAAAGCUCGGUCGUGCCUAUCCUUUCACAGCCAAAGCAACAGCGCCUACCGUCACCUUACCUCGUAUCAAAGCCUUAACGACCGGUACCAUACCCAGUUUUUUGGAUGCUAUUCUCAAUAUUGCCGAAACAGAUACCAGUGCUUCCUUGACGCAUCAUGAUAAUUGGCUUUAUCAGUUCCGAAAGCAGCACAAUCGAACCCUUCAUUUCUUUGGCGACGAUACAUGGCUCAGGCUCUUUCCCAACGAUAUUUUUACAAAAACAGAUGGGACGACUUCUUUCUUUGUGUCCGAUACAGUACAGGUCGACUGGAACGUCACGCGCCAUAUCGAAACAGACAUCACAGUACAAGACUGGGACGCUGUGAUCCUUCAUUAUCUGGGCUUGGAUCACAUUGGCCAUCUGAGUGGACCUCAAAGUCCACUGAUGAAACCAAAGCAGUUGGAAAUGGAUAAAGCCAUUCAAUCCAUCUACGCUAUCGUGAAAGCCCAAGAUCAGAAACGCAUCCGCCCAGAGGACCCACCCUCCAAAGGCACUUUAUUGAUUGUCUGUGGGGAUCAUGGUAUGAAUGAGAAAGGAAACCAUGGAGGCUCCACCCUAGGCGAGACAUCGGCUGCUUUGGUGUUUCUCAGCCCGUCAUUUGAAGACCAACCUGCCAAAGCGCUCAUCGAUGUGAAACGACCGAUGGCGUUUGGAUAUCCAGUGAUGGAUCAAAUUGAUCUUGUGCCUACUCUGGCCACGUUAUUCGCAUUUCCUAUACCCAAAAACAGUAUUGGAAAGCUGAUUCUGGACCUUUACAAAGAGGAUAUACCCAGUAUUCUGCGACAUCUUGAACGAAAUGCGCAACAGUUAGGGCGGCUACUGGCAAAGAGUGUCCCUGCAUUUGCAAAAACAUUCGAUCAGCCGGCCCACGGGGUCGAUGCACUCACUGACUCCUUUGGACAGUUGUAUGUGAAAGCAAAACAACUCCAUCAUCAAUAUAUACAGACAAACGAGGAAAAGAGAGGAAAACAUGCUGCUGCAGCUUAUUAUGAGUUUAUAGAAGCAGCACAAGCGCAACUCGCCAACACUGCCUGUGAUUACAGUUUAAGUCAAAUGCUGAUAGGUGUUGUUUGUAUCUGUCUCACCGCCGUUGGGUUCAUUCGAUUAGCCAUGUUGCGUCCAAAGACGCUUUCUUUAUCAGCAGAGGACACUCACUCUGUCACGGACAACAAGCACCAUUGGGGAGGCAUGACCCAACGAUUCGCCAUCAUUGGCUUAAUGCUCUAUGCUGUAAGCAUGUUUGCUAGUAGUUUUGUGGAAGAAGAACAUGCUACUUGGUAUUUCUUUACACAAACAAGUACGAUGCUUGCUAUCUAUCACAGCGCUCGAUUAUCACCCUCCUCUGUUCCCUACAUUGCCGUAGAAUUAUUUCUGGUGCGUCUCACCAUCGCUUGGAACUCACUCUCCUUUUCAGACGCGACGACAUUUCACCUUUUGGCUUUUAGUCUGUUAGCCUCUGUCGUCUACAGCGCCCGUAGUUUACAAAGGCUUCAUCAUGACAAUCGAUGGGUGGAUGUACACCAAACAUCAAAAAUCAUACAAUGUAUCGUCAAGCUUAUUUUGUUCCUCAUCCUCCUGUUUCAAUCCGUGUUUGUGUUUGCGUACAAAAUACGUAGUCAUCCGGCUAUUACCAACCUACCCUCCAUUUAUAACGCCUUGCUUGAUUGGGAACUUUUACAACAAUUGACGCAAAUACAACUAGGCAGAUUGAUCUAUAAUUAUUGUGGAGCAGGCCUUUUGGGUUUGUAUGGAUUAUUCUAUGUACUGCAGCGAUCCAAAAAGAUGGAUUUCACGGAGCAAGAGGACAACGAAGGCGAAAGGAGGGUUGAAAACAAAGAGGUGGUUGAACGGAUGGAGGACAACAAAAACGAAAACAUCAGUGCAUGGAGGAAGAAGGCGGAUCAAGUCACCUCAGUCUCAGGCUUGAUACUACAGUUACUACUUUACAUGUUGACACCUGUGUUCAUUCUUCUCAGUGAUAAUCACAACGCAUUUCUGUUUUUCCUUUUUACACUACAGUUUCAAUGUCUGCUGACUUGGCAUGCCAAGCUAAAAGUACCGGUUUGGUUUACAAGUGUGUUGGUCACCUGUUUAUGUCAUACAGCAUUUUUCGCGACGGGCCAUUCUAAUUCAAUAGCGUCUGUAGAUCUUAGUAAUGCCUAUAUUGGUGUGGAGCAAUAUGAUACCCUCUUUAUUGGCAUUCUUACUUUCUGCUCAAACUGGUCAGCAAGCCUUUGGUGGUCUAUCGCAGGCUGGGCCCUGUGCGUGAGCACGACAUCGUCUACAGCGAUGACUUUGAACCAUCCUACUGACGUCAAGCGACUGGAACCAACAAAGAGCGGUGGCUGGAUGGAUUAUAUUUUAGUGCAAUGUAUUUUGUUUAGUGUUGCGUUAGCUUUCCUGUCUAUAGCUGUCACUAUUCUAAGAGAGCAUUUAUUUAUUUGGACCGUUUUCUCUCCCAAGUAUCUUUAUCAAAUAGCAUGGACUUGCUUAUUUCAUUGGGUCCAUCAAGUGAUGAUAGGCUCUCUUUGCACUCAAAUGAUGUUCAAGCAAAAAAUAGGAUAGACAGUGUAUGCAAUAAAGCAAAAAAAAAAAAAAGAAUGACAAAAUCCAUAUGAACUUUUGUACCUGGAUGUCAUCAUGCUCGC